AUGAAGCCACCUACAAAGAAUAAUGAAAAUGAUGACCAUCCGAGUAGUGUUCGAAAUGAUCUGGGUCCAAAGAAUUCGAUAGAAAUUAAGAAUAUUGCUAAUGAUGGGGUGGAGAGGAAGACAAAGACCUGCUUGGAGGGACUUCUCAUACAAGAUAGGUCUCUUCCUUCCUUUUCAAACAACCACCUGAAACUACAACACAUGAAGCCGGCCCACAUCGACUGGGAAAACAUCAAAUCCAAGUAUGUGAGAGACAUUAAAGCCCCCAAAUGGAUCAACCUUGCCGCCCCCGAUGCUUCUUCGGUCGAUGACGAAGCCUGGUUCUGCUGCCCCGAUUGCAGGCAUCCAAAGACUGAAGAAGAUUUCCAGAGAUGGACUCCUAGUCCCAAGUUUGCUUUCUUUCUUGUCUUUGAAUUCUUUAGAGAGGCGAACAACUUGAAAAGAAGAGGGAUCAUGGCAUUCCUCCCCUCAUCUCCUCUCUGUGAGUCUUUAAAGACCAAAGCAGCUGCUUCCAAGAUGCUCAGAGAUGAUCUGGAGAACCAGAAUCCCAAUCUUUCUACACCCCCUCCUCCUAGCCGGUCACUUGGUGCUCCCAAAAUGACCAAGAUUGCUAAGGAGUUGAUCAAGCCAAGAACAGAAAAGAAUGUAGAGGAGGAGAGGGAACAGUGGCAGCAACAGAAGAAUUGUAAACCGCAGCUUAAGAGCACUCUCUCGGUGAGGAAUCUGUUCUCAGGGAAGGACAUCUUGAGCCAGAUCUCUGAGUUCUGCCAAGAACUGAAGAAGUUGGCAGUCAGAAGUGUGAGACCUGCUGCCCAAGAAGAGACUAAGGAGGAGGAAGGGAAUAAGAUUCCGGAGACAACUCCAGAAGAGGUGGGGAAAAGGGAGCUGGGGAAGAGAGAUCUGGAUUCAAAUUCCAAGAGAGAUGAUGGGUCAGGGAAGAAGAGUGGCAAAAUCGCAAUGAAGGUUGAGGUAGAGGAGAAGAAAUAUAAGAAGGGUCUUUAUGAGAAUUCAUCCAUACAGAGGGAGGUGAGAGCUUGUCCUCCCACAAAGCGCAUUCCUUCGCCUUCAAGUCGUCCCCUGAGAAAACCCAAGGCCACCGCAACAACAUGCUAUCCUCUCAAUAAGUCUUCAAGAUCUACAGCUCUG